AAACGAUAAAAUAAUGAUGAAAAUAAAUCCAUAGAAAAGACUAAAGGCAAUUGUGCCUCGGGUAAUUUCAUCUUCACAUAUCACCAUAACCGUUACAUAACAAAUUUUUCAGUAAGCUCUCUCCAUCCAUCUCCCAAUCACUUCUCUGCAAAAACAAAAACAAACAAACAAACAAAAAAAGAAUUCCAAUAAUUUAUUGUCUUCCCUCUCAAAUUCUUGCCUUAAUCUGUCAUUAAUUAUUCACAUUGAAUCCAAAUCUUUGCCUUUUUCAAGCUUUUGUUUCAAACCCAUGUUGCAGCCUGCGUGUUCUUGUUCAUUUCGUGGCAAGAUUGAUAGAUCUUGACAUGUUUUUCCUGUAAAAUUUUCUCAUUGUAUUAUAUAUGUUAGAAAUUUUAGGUUUGGGAGAAAAUUUAUUGGCAGGAUUUAAUUUGUUUUGAAGAUGACCAAUUAUGUAGAUUUCAAUCAGAGGAUUGAUUACGUUUUCAAGGUUGUAUUGAUUGGAGAUUCAGCGGUCGGAAAAUCCCAGCUUCUGGCAAGAUUUGCGAGAAAUGAAUUUUGUGUGGAAUCAAAAGCCACCAUUGGGGUCGAAUUUCAGACCAAAACUCUUUCUAUGGAUAAUAAAACUGUCAAGGCUCAAAUUUGGGACACUGCUGGGCAAGAAAGGUAUAGGGCAGUGACAAGCGCAUACUAUCGAGGCGCAGUAGGCGCAAUGCUAGUUUAUGACAUGACCAAGCGCCAAUCAUUCGAUCAUAUGGCAAGGUGGCUAGAGGAAUUGAGGGGCCAUGCAGACAAGAACAUCGUAGUAAUGCUCAUCGGAAACAAGUGUGACUUAGAAAGUCUUCGAGCAGUGCCAGUGGAAGAUGCCCAGGAGUUUGCUCAAAGAGAAAAUCUUUUCUUUAUGGAGACAUCAGCUCUUGAAGCAACCAAUGUUGAAACUGCUUUCUUGACAGUACUAACAGAGAUAUAUCGAGUUAUUAGCAAGAAACAUCUUGCAGCUAAUGAUGAGCUUGAUGCUCAUGGGACUUCAGGACUUUUAAAGGGAACUAGGAUCAUAGUUCCAAAUCAGGAUCAUCAAAAUAUUGGAAAGCAAGGUGGUUGUUGCACGUAAUUUUAACUUGCAUAUUAUUAUCUUUUUUUGUGGAGUUAUUGUUCAUUUAUUAGGAUCUGUUGUUUUUGAACAAAUUCAAUUUUGUUUAGAAAGUGGGUAUUGAUGUUGGUGGAUGAUAGGGUAAGAUUUGUCUAUACAUUAUUGCUUACAUUCAAUUAGUGGAAAGUAAUGGAAAUUUUUAUUAGAUGAAUAUCAAGUAGGAAGGAUAAUUUGGUGUUCUCAACUAAUAAAUGUAUAGGAUUA